GGGCGAUACGCUCACACCAAAAGGCUGAAACAGCCCUUUGCCCAACAUGGUCAAAAAGGCGGCUACAAGAGAACUGUUUUCUCAUCCCUUUCCCUCACUCGUCAUCUAUUGUUAGAAAAGAAGCAAAGGGGCGCCAACGACCUCCAUAAGAUCCUCGCCGCUCGCUCCAAACCUCUCCUUCACAAGCAUCCCUCUUACCGCUAUCCGUUCUGACCCAGCAGUCAUCGUUCAAUAAAGUCAUCCAUUCCCCAUUUCUUUUGCGGAUCCUCUACACUCCACUACCCUUCCAUACAUAUCCUCCACAGCUUCACAAAAUGUCUGCUAGUAUCCCAGCCGGUUUGUUGAAGGAGCUGCACGAAGACGGAGAAAGGGUCCUCAUUGUUCCCAUGGGAGGCGUGGAAUUUGUCGCGUUCAACACCAAACCAGCCAUCGGCACCAUAGGCCUCAACUCCUGUUCAGUCGUCAUCAUAGCCUCGCAACACGGCGCAAUCCUCGCACACAUUCCCCCUCGGCUGCAUCUUACAUCUGACGAUCUGCAUGAGGGCGACAGAAAUGUCCGACGAAUGAUGGCCUUAGUGAAGGCGGAACAUGACCGCUACAAGCCGUUGGGCUGGUUCCCGGACAAUGAGACGGUCAUUGUUUGCGCGUGGUUUCAAGGCGCGCUGGCGUUAGAGGACCAGGUGCAAAUCAUGUAUGAGUCUCUGCAAGAGCUCGGAUGCAAGCCAAUGUUCCAAACCUACGAGGUACCGGUUGAUCAGAGCAGGCGGGGUCAGGGCACAGUGCUCGUCACCUCACUGACACGAAUGUCCAAUGGAAAGCCUACGAUAUAUAUUCAAGAUAGACCGAUGCAAGCGUGA